UGCUGAAACUUCCACCUUCAAGAUGAAGUUUUCAUUGGCAGUCUCCUUUUUCAUUUUCAUGUCCUUGUGGGUUGAAGAAGCGUGUUCGAAAGAAAAAUCUUCCAAGAAAGGGAAGGGGAAAAAGAAGCAGUACCUGUGCCCGUCUCAGCAGUCACCAGAGGACCUUGCACGUGUGCCCCCCAACUCCACCAGCAAUAUCUUGAACAGGCUGCUGGUCAGUUAUGAUCCCAGGAUAAGACCAAACUUCAAAGGCAUUCCUGUUGAUGUAGUAGUCAACAUUUUUAUUAAUAGUUUUGGAUCCAUUCAAGAAACAACAAUGGACUAUAGAGUUAACAUUUUCUUGAGGCAGAAAUGGAACGACCCCAGGCUCAAGCUUCCUAGUGACUUCAGAGGUUCAGAUGCACUGACAGUAGAUCCCACAAUGUACAAGUGCUUGUGGAAGCCUGACUUAUUCUUUGCAAAUGAAAAAAGUGCCAAUUUUCAUGAUGUAACCCAAGAAAACAUCCUAUUGUUUAUUUUUCGUGAUGGAGACGUCCUUGUGAGCAUGAGGUUGUCUAUUACUCUUUCAUGCCCUUUGGACUUAACUCUGUUUCCCAUGGAUACACAACGCUGCAAGAUGCAACUUGAGAGCUUUGGUUAUACAACCGAUGAUCUGAGAUUCAUCUGGCAGUCAGGAGAUCCUGUUCAGCUGGAAAAAAUUGCUUUACCUCAGUUUGAUAUUAAAAAGGAAGAUAUCGAAUAUGGCAACUGUACAAAAUACUACAAGGGCACUGGCUACUACACUUGCGUGGAGGUCAUCUUCACACUGCGAAGACAGGUUGGAUUCUACAUGAUGGGUGUUUAUGCACCAACCCUGCUGAUUGUCGUCCUUUCCUGGCUCUCCUUCUGGAUCAACCCUGAUGCCAGUGCUGCCAGGGUGCCCCUGGGCAUCUUCUCAGUGCUCAGUUUGGCCUCAGAGUGCACCACACUUGCAGCGGAGCUUCCCAAAGUGUCCUACGUGAAGGCGCUGGAUGUGUGGCUCAUUGCCUGUCUGCUCUUCGGGUUUGCUUCCCUGGUGGAGUAUGCUGUUGUCCAGGUGAUGUUGAACAAUCCCAAAAGGGUUGAAGCCGAAAAGGCCAGAAUCGCCAAGGCUGAGCAAGCAGAUGGGAAAGGUGGAAAUGCAGCAAAGAAGAAUACUGUGAAUGGCACGGGGACUCCUGUUCAUAUCAGCACUUUGCAGGUUGGUGAGACCAGAUGCAAAAAAGUUUGUACUUCCAAGUCUGAUCUGAGAUCCAAUGACUUCAGCAUUGUUGGAAGCUUACCAAGAGAUUUUGAGUUAUCCAAUUAUGACUGCUAUGGGAAACCCAUUGAAGUCAACAAUGGACUUGGGAAAUCCCAGGCUAAGAACAACAAGAAGCCUCCGCCUCCCAAGCCUGUCAUCCCCACAGCAGCCAAGCGAAUUGACCUUUAUGCGAGAGCCCUGUUUCCUUUCUGUUUCUUGUUCUUCAAUGUCAUAUAUUGGUCUAUAUAUUUAUGAUAAACCAUUUCCAUUUGUAUGAAAUACAAUACCAUUUCAUUGUGACCAAUGCAAUUCAUAAUUGCUGAUCUAUGAAAACUUUACAUUUUCAUAGCAAUAUAUCGCAUUUUGGAUGCCAGUCAAUUAUAAUAAAAUACAGCACCUUACUUUUGAAUGGCAGCAUGAUCUUGUAACGUCUCUGCUCCAAUCAUGAAAUAGAUAGGUAUAUAGAUGUAUGUAUAUUGAGCAUAGUGCUUUAGGAAUCAAUGAAAAAUAAGCAUACUACAUAAUCUACAUAAUGUGCUCUUCAGCUACUGUAACUCUGUAACUGCAAAUACUUCAGAUAACCCUGAUGAAAACAUGAUGUGCACGCUGACUCCUGUUCUGGUGACCAUUCUAAUGUAUGUAGUAUCUUACUUUCCCUUCCUUGUAACUUUCAAAGAAAGCCAUCUUCUU